AUGGCACGGCACGUUGCUGCCGCAUUGCGCCGCUAUCGCGGUUCUUGGUUCCUUGGCCCGGACAAGGCUCGCCUGCGGGCUGAAUGCAACAAUGACCAGGCCGCCUACCUCAAGGCAUUCCGCGCUCGCACCGAAGAUGUUCAGCACACCCACGAUACCCCAUAUCAAUGCGUCGGGCAAGAAUACCUUGACGAUCUUGUCUUGGCUUUGAAGACUGGCCAGAGGCCAUCAAAGAACUCUUUGAUCGUCGCCAUCGACUUCGAAGGUCCCACGGGAUCAACCAAAGAGCUCGGACUUUCAUCUUUCAGCACCACGCAAUUAUUCGACACCCACAACCAAGCAGCGCCAAGGUUGAACAUCCGCGACGAAAACUUCUCCAUAGCAUGCGGCUACGGUAGAGGCUUCGCGUUCGGAACGACUACCAGGAUCACCUUGGAGAUUCUGCCGCGUGUGCUCCGCAACGCAUUCGCCUCCUACCACGACUCCUGCCCCGACGGCAUCAUCCUCGUCGGCCACGGCUUGUGGUCCGCAGAGGUCGGAGUGCUCGAUACCCUGGGCGUCCCCAUCGAAUCACUACCCGCAGUGGUCGGCACGAUCGACACGUCACGGCAGCUCUUCGACGGCACGAUCCAGCAUCUCGGCGGCCUCUUGCAGGCGAACGGCAUACCGUACCGGCCUGAGACGCUGCACUGCGCCGGCAACGAUGCGCACUACACGCUGCGGCUGGUGCUGCUGUUGGUAUUGUGGGGGUUGGAUCCGUGGCAUGAGAGGGAGUUUGGGAUUUUUGAGGUGUUGCAGGGGCUCAUUACCAGACCGUUGCCGAUAGGAACGGAGAGGGGUCGGCAAGGGGAGGAUGAUUGGUGGGAGAAUAUGGAUGGUGAUCUGGACAUGGAUUUUGUGCUCGAGAUUGACGAGGGGGACAGUGAUCUAAUGUGA